GAGUAGGUUUCGGUCAUCAAGGCCAAGAUUCUAUGUUAGUCAAUGUGAAGGGGGGACAAAAUUUAUAUCAUUGAUAGUGAAGUGCAUGUGGAAGGAAAUGAUCAAUGAUGACAAGUCAAUGGUAAGGUAAGGUCCACAAGUUUCAGAGUUGAUGCAAAGAAAGAAGAACAAGAAAGAAAAGAAGGAAGAAGAAGAAGAAGAAGAAGAAUUUACAAGCAUGGCAGCGGUUCCAGCAGACUUCUUGAUUGGUAAGAUAGUUUCUCUUAUUGAAAAUGAGGCAGCCUUGUUGGGAGGAGCUGGAGAUGAACUUGAAGAAAUCAGAUGGGAGCUAGUGAGCAUGAGAUCCUUUCUAGAGGAUACAGAAAAGAAAAGGCCUCAAACAGAAGGAGAGAAAACAUGGGUGGCUAGCGUGAGAAACUUGGUUUAUGACGUUGAAGAUAUAAUUGAUGAGUUCAUGUACCAGACAAACAAGCGACAUGGCAGGCAUCAAUUCACAAGAACACUCCACAAAACCAUUGGCUUCCCCAAAUAUCUUUGGGAAAAGCAUAAGAUUGCCUCCAGGUUACAGAAGAUCAAGCGUAUGACUAAAGCCAUCCCGGAGAGAAAUCAUCGGUAUGGCGUUGACCAUAUAGAAGAAAGAUCAGUUGACAAUGAAAGAGGGAAUAUCCGUGGGGAAUCAUCUUUGUUUCUUAAAGAUGAUCUUGUGGGCAUUGAAAAUGAUAGAGAAGUAUUAGUUGAAUGGCUGACAAAUGGGGAGUCCCAAAGAACGACUAUUUCAGUGGUGGGAAUGGGGGGCUCUGGCAAGACAACUCUAGCUGCCAAGGCCUAUAAUUGCCAAACUGUGCAGCGCCACUUGGAUUGCUCUGCUUGGAUUACUGUCUCUCAGAAUUACCUGAUUGAUGACUUGUUCAGAAGCUUGAUUAAGCAAUUCUAUCAAGCAAUGAAAGAAGCAGUUCCAGCAGAUUUGAGCAUAAUGAGCUACCGACAACUAGUACAAAUGCUUGUGAACUACCUAGAACCAAAAAGGUAUAUGGUCGUUCUGGAUGAUGUAUGGGAUCCAGACUUAUGGAAUCAAAUAAAAAUCUCACUUCCGAACAGCCAGCAUGGCUGUCGAGUCAUGAUUACGACUCGGAAAGAAGACAUAGCAUCUCUCUCUUAUGAUGUUGGAAGCCAUGUCCACCAUAUCAGACCACUGACAAACAAUGAAGCAUGGACCUUAUUUUGCAUCAAAGCUUUUCCAAGGAAUGGAAAAAGAUGUCCCCCCGAGUUUGAGAUCUUAGCUAAGGACAUUGUGGAAAAAUGUCGAGGACUGCCUCUUGCAAUUGUGGCACUAGGCGGUCUCUUGUCUGCCAAAAGUUCAGAAUCGGAGUGGAGGAUGAUUUAUAACAGCCUGAAUUGGGAGUUGAGCAACAAUCCAAUGCUUCAAUCAGUUAAAAGCAUCUUAUUGCUGAGCUACAAUGAUCUACCGUACCGACUUAAGCAUUGUUUCUUAUAUUGCUGCUUGUUCCCCGAAGAUUACCCAAUCAAGCGGAAGAGACUCAUCAGAUUAUGGAUGGCAGAGGGGUUUGUAGAAAAAAUCAAAGGGAUAACACCAGAAGAGGUAGCUGAGAAAUACCUCUUGGAACUUAUCCGUCGAAGCAUGCUUCAACCAGUAGAGAGGAACUCCGCAGGACUCCCAAAGGCCUGUAAGAUGCAUGAUUUAGUCAGGGAGCUUGCUCUCUCAAUAUCAGAAGAACAGAAAUUUUGUGCUGCAUAUGAUGAGCAAAGUACUGCAGCAGCAAGAGAAGAUGGAAUAGCACGUCGCCUGUCGAUUCAAGCAAGAGAAAGAGAAAUCAAAUUCUGUGGUGGUAUGUCACAGCUUCGCUCUUUCCUUUUGUUUGUCAUUGAUAAGCUAAAUCCAUCUUCACUAAACGCAUUGCCAUCUGACUUUAAACUCCUGAGGGUAUUAGACUUGGAAGAUGCUCCAAUUGAGAAAUUGCCUAAUAGGAUAGUCACUUUGUUCAAUAUGAGAUACUUGAACUUGAAAAAGACUCGAGUUAAGGAGCUGCCAAAGUCCAUUGGAAGAUUGCACAACCUUGAAACAUUAAACAUCGAUGACACCAAUGUUGAAGCUCUUCCAAAUGGGAUUGUGAAGUUGCAGAACUUACGGUAUUUGCUCUGUCGCCACUUUAAGCAUGGCCAGCACUAUGAUUUCAAUUAUGUAACUGGAACACAGAUACCAGCCAUAAGCACCUUGAAGAACUUGCAAGUUUUAGGUUGCAUAGUAGCCAAUGGUGAUAUCCUGAGACAACUCAGAAGCAUGACUCAACUUGUAAGGCUUGAUAUUUCAAUGGUUAAAGGAUCAGAUGAAAUGGACUUGUGCUCAUCAAUUCAAAACAUGCCACUCCUCCGCCGCUUAUUUGUGAUGGCAAGCAAUGGCGAGAUCCUUCGAAUGGAUGCACUGAAAUCCCCACCUCCACAACUUGGCAGGCUUUGCUUGGUGGGGAAAUUGGAGAAGAUCCCACAAUGGUUUCACUCACUUAUGAAUCUUCGGGUCUUGUACCUUCGUUGGUCUGAACUAGAUGAAGAUCCACUUUCAGAUCUCCAAGAACUCCCCAAUUUGACGUGUCUUACACUAGUUGAAGCUUACAAGGGGCGAAACUUGACCUUUUCAAAAGGAUUUAACCGUCUUGAGAUUUUGGGUUUGUAUAAUUGUCCUAAACUGCAAAGCAUAAUUAUAGCCGAGGGAGUAAUGUCAGGCAUCAAAGAGUUAAGCAUUGACAAUUGCAGAGAGUUGAUGAGACUGCCUUUUGGAAUUCAGUAUCUUACCAAACUUGAAGAACUGACACUGAUAAAUGUCUCAACGGAACUCACUGAUAGCAUCCGUAUGCCUUUCGGGAUGGAUCGUCGAAGGGUCAAGCACAUUCCCAAAAUCAACAACUUCUACUCCACACCAUCCGGAUGGUUUCAGGAAAGCCUGUCCUAGUCCUAUGAAAGCAAGGUCAGCAAGUUAUUUGAAUAACUAACUUCAAGCAAAACAGACAAUCUCCUAUACAUGCAGUCUCCUUUCUUCUCCUUUGAGAUUUCAUUGAAAUGUUUUAGUCCUUUUCCAUUCUUAUCAUCCCAACUGUAAUCUAUCAGGGUAGUUGUUGGGGACCCAGAAUAAUAUAAGUUUUUUUCAUUUUUCUCCUUGUUCGAGUGUUGAUUUCAAUUGAAAUAGUAAAUCUUGAGGAAUGUGUACUGUUCUGAUUAACCAGUUAUCACUCUGAAGGCAAUCUCUUAUUACA